AUGUCUUCCCCAAGGUCCUGUGCUCAGUCUUCUUCAGCUUCAAUUCCUCCCGAUUACAUCACUGGGAGCGGGAUUGAUGCCCACGCGAUAGAGGUCAGGAGCAAGCUUCACCCUUUUGCUCAAAAGAAUCUGGACGAGAAUGUUCUUCACUUGUUUGAGAACACCCUGGUACUUGGGCCUCACUGGUUUGGCCCUGUUCCGGCUGAGGUGGCGGAAUUGCUGAAAAAGGAUGCUGAGGCACUUUUGUGUUUUGAAAGCGCUUCUGCCCUAGCUUCUUAUUCUUGGGUUAGCAAGAAUUUGAGUCGAUCUUUCCCGUCCAGCGAGGUGAGGAACAGUCCCGUCAAAUGGGCAGACUGGAUUGACAGACUUCUCCAGAGAUAUGGGGGUCACUGGAGGAGAGCUGGGAUUUAUGACGCCAUUCUUCUGUCCAAGCAGUCGAUUAACAGAGAUGAGAACCUACUUGCUGCUGCCCUGUGUUUUUGGAAUUCUGCUAGCAACACAUUUGAUUUCCGUGUGGGUCCCAUGGCUCCAACUCUGCUGGAUAUGGCUCAGAUUUUUGGGUUUAGGCCCCAUGGCAGACCUGUUGAUGCUGUUGGGGAUUAUCACAGGCGAAAGAACCAAGAGAAAGUGGCUACCCCCUUCACUGUCUCCCCAGCCACGAUCAACCAGAACUGUUCUUUCUCCAAUUAUCUGAAGAGAUUCAGUGCUGAGAAGGACAGAGAUCAGCAACAUAUGUUGUUCCUUCUGUAUUGGCUGAACCGAUUUGUCUUCCCCAAUCGGUCUUCGGCAGUUCUGCUUGAGUAUAGACAUCUGGCAGAAGCUCUUCACAAUCACACUGAUGUGGGGCUUGGACCAACAGUUCUGGCCCACCUUUUCAAGAAUCUGCAUACUGCCACUCUGGAAAAUCCGCUGAACCUGUCUGCCCCUGGCGCAUUCUGGAUGAUCCAGAUCUGGCUGUAG